AUGGCAAAGAACGAAAGAAAAAUAAAAUUCAAGGGGAAAGGAAGUGGUUGGGAGCAAGGAGUCGAGAAGGCGAGCGUAAAGGGAAGGUUGACAGGCAAGGCGGCCGAACUCCUGAACCCUCCAAAAACCUACGGUUUUCGGUCGGGGAUGGCCAAAUUCUGGGCGAUGCAGAUUGCUCCCUCAGAUCAGUGGAAUCGCUCUCCUUCUUUGCAAGCUCUGCACGAGGAUUUGAAUUGGAUUAAAAGGGCAGUGAGUAAUAGGAAACUAUGUGAAAUAUUUGAGAAGAAGGCGAUUGCUCGGGCGACUUCAGGGGAAGAUGAAGUCGCUCAUGCUGUAAGAAUGAGAAGAAAGGAAAUCAAUGACCUGGGAUCCUUCACUCUCAAAGAGUGUGACGGUGCCAACGAACAUCAUAAAAGAGUGGCUCUUAUUCUAACAGAGGGAUGCAAAACCCUAAAUGAGGUAUCUAUAUUUUCCUUGGGCCAAGCCAUUGUAAUCACUGAUCUGUUGAAGAAUGGCCAACUCACUGUUAAUGAUAAAGUAGAGAUUCCUCUGGCCAUUAUUUCAGAUGCAGAAGAUCUUUCAAAAGAGCUCCAGUCUACUCCGGAGCCUAUGAGUUUAGGCCCGUCAACUAUUCGAGUCUAUUUCAUGGAUGACCCGGACAGAGAGCCCGAGAUUAUAUUGGCAGAGGGCUAUUCGAAAUAUUUCCAAAUAGGAUGGUAUAUGAGCCACCAUCAUAACAUCCCAGAAGUAGACGUAUGGGUCAGACAUAAAGGGCAGCACACCCUCACCACCAAUGGCCUCUUCUGGGAACAUGUAAGACUAACUCAAGCAAUUCAGAAAGAUGAUGGGGCGAUUCUAGACGUGGAUAUCGUGGAUGUCCGAAGGAGAGACCGAUACAUCGUUGCGCUGGUACAAGACGAAAAUAAAAAGGAGAAGCCGGUCUCGGUAAAGGUGGUGGUCCUUGUUGUAAUUCAAGUUGCGAGAUGCUCUGGUUCCAUCUG